GUAACCAAUACGUGUAAAUAGGCACAUCCAUAGCUUCAGGCAACCAUUUGCCCAACAACUAUUAAAACCCUUCUUUCAAAACCACCCUCUCUAGUUUACCCUCAUAGCCCCUGUUCAAUAUUCUCCAUCAAAUAUGACUACCGUUUCUCAAAUCCAAACCGUUCCUCCAUUUCAUCUGGAUGAUACGACAGCUGCGAGAGGGUAUAGUCCACAAAACUUGCAGUUCUAUACAGCACCAUCGAGCCCUAUGCAGCUUGACAGCGAUGAAUUUGAAUUUGAGAUCACUAACCAGAUGUUUUCUAGUCGUUGUGAGUUUCAACAAACAUAUCCUGCCUUCGCGUGGGCAAAGCGGAACUAUAACACAGAGCAAAAGUAUUGGCUACCAGCUCGAGCCAAGUCUUUUGGUAGUGGACAUGUUUUGCCUUUAAAACUCCCACCACGACUUCAGACAUCGGUUUCUUCAUCACCAAGGUCUCCAAACUCGCUCGUGAGAUUCCCUUUUUCUCGGCCAUGUGCUUGGAACGAUGAUUUUGAUCCUUUCCAGUUUGCUUUGGAGAAAGUUAGCGAAGAGACACGGGCAAGGAUGAGUUUCCAUAGACGGUCACAUUCAUAUUCUGCUUAUCGAACCAGCAGUGUCUCACACUGGCUGGAAGACAAACAAGGGUUAAAUCUCAGCCACGAUGGUUCCAGAAUUUUCAAUCAAGGUGAAUACCGUGGCUUCCAUGUAGGUCUACCCAUGAAGCCCAUCGAACAGUUGAAACCAAGGGGACCAACACUAGCGAAGUUGAUGAAGCGCAAAGAGUCGGCAGGGGUUCCUAAAGAAUCGACGGUCAAACCAAGAUCAAAGUCAAAUCCAAUGAUUCGAACUAGAAAUGUGUGGAUGGGGGCAGAUGUAGACCAUGAGGUGAUGAAGACCCGAAAUGAUUCAAGGCCCUGUGCAGAAUCAAAGAGGGAGAGAGUGAUGUCAUUUUUGUUCAAGUUGAAAAAGGGUACGAAUUAUGAAAGCAAAAGCGGUUGGAAACUACGUCGUUGCUUAGGGUAUGGCCUUGGAAGUCCACCAUCUAUGAAGUAAAUAAAUAGGCCUACAAUUUCAA